UUCAGGGAGAACACAGGUGGGACGAAUUCCAGAUGCAACAGAUCUUCACCCCAACUGAAGUGACCAAAAUAAAGGAGAUUCAUAUACCUGCUGAGUCAGAGGAGCACACGGCUGAUAAACUGCUAUGGACAUACCAUCCAAAAGGUGAUUUCUCCACUAAAUCUUUUCUAAAAACUUUGAAUGACAGAACUCCCUCGACUUCAACCAACAAUGUUUUUCCAUGGAAGAAAUUUUGGAGUGUGAGAAAUAUUCCUCCAAGAAUCCAGUUAUUUGUUUGGAGAAUGCUUAAAAAUGGUCUCCAUAUAGCCAGAAAUAUUAAGAAGCACAUUCAUGGAAUAAAUGAUGAUUGCAGGUUGUGUGACAGAAAUGUUGAAUGUAUAGAGCAUUUAUUCUUAUAUUGUCAGCUGACACAAGCAGUCCUUUUUACUUCACCGUUGAGUCUCAGAAUAGGGAAGUGCCCAAACCAGUCAGUGAAAGACAUCAUUAUUCAGUGGAUGGAAGAAGGGGGAGAUUAUGCAAAACUAAAGAUGGGAAUGUGUGUCUUCUGGACAAUAUGGAAAGGUAGGAAUGGUGUUGUCUUUAAUAAGAAGAAAUUUAAUAUCAUAGAGGUAAUUCAAGAGGCUCUGUAUUGGUACAAUAUGAAGCUUGAAGUGGAGAUUAAUAAAGCGCAACCAACAGAAAAUGAUUUGAUGGAAGCUCAAAAGGAUUACUGGGAACCACCUGCAGGGGAUAAAAUCAAGAUUAACUUCGAUGGAGCUGCAGGGCCAAGGGGGUUUGCUUGUGGAGUAGUUGCCAGAGACAAAGAGGCUAAAAUACAGGGGUGCCGAAACAAGACAAUUGACUACUGCACUGCGGUUGAAGCAGAGGCGUAUAGUGCUCUUUUGGCAGCGGAACUGGGAUUAGAAAAGGUUUCAUAGACAUCAUCUUGGAAGGGGAAUCACUAAAUGUUAUAAAUGCCUUGAAAUACAAGCGUUAUAAUACAAGUUGGAGAAUCCAGAGCACCAGUAGCAGAAUCAGAGACGACCUAAGGAAAUUUAGAUCUGUGGAAUUCAGGUACAUCAAAAAGAAUGCCAAUAAUGUGACACAUAAUCUUGCAGCACUAGCUGCUUCUACCCACUCAUCGAAUGUAUGGCUUUCUUCCCCUCCUUCAAGUAUUGCUCACCCCAUUGAGAGAGAGCAGUCUUCUGUCAGUUGGAUUCUUUUUCUUCUUUUUUUCUUUGUUGUUGUUUCUUUCCUCUUUCAAAAAAAAAUAAAUAAAUAUAUUUUGGGCGUCUUUUUUCCUAAAAAAUCCCAGGUGAUAACUAAUUAGAAGCUAAUAUUUUAGGGA